CAUGUCCAUUCACACAUGACCACACUUGCAAUUGCACCCUACCCAACCCCCACUCCCAUGCGUUUGGUGAAGGAUAUUUUAUUUAUUUGUAGUGUUAGAGAGAAGCAGCGAGGCUCCCUCCCUCCAUCACCAACAAGCCUUCGCGCUAAACGCUAAGAGAGGUUUGAAGAGCGUCUCGUGCAUACGCACCUGCUUUCUUGGAGACAUCCGGGGAGACGGAUGAGGAGAUGGCAAGCGCAGUUUUAUAUAUAUUUGGUGCACGGCAUCGAACGCCAACCAUUCAUAUGAUGCUUGUCCUAACAAAAUCCAGUGGGAUCUAAUAAACCAAAAGCAGCACCGCACUCUAUUGAACUCCUUCAGAUUAGAGUUCAGGAACCAUGGAUCCAACCUCCUCAAAACAACAGUAUGGCUCCAAAAAGCGAGUCAAAAUCCAUCCCAGCAGUGUCACAGUGAAGUAUGCCACCCACUUCCCUCAGCCAGGUGAAGAGGGCUAUGAUGAUGCACCCUCCUUCGAGGACUUCAGCUCCUUCAUGGAUCAGAGUCCUGGUAAGCGACUGGUGACGGAGGGUGGACAGGGCAGGACUUUGUUUGGCACCAUGGACACGCGACCACGGCCCCCAGGACCCACCAGCACUGAGGCCAUGCGGGACAGAGGCGUGGGCAGUCAGCUUCAAAGCUUUGGCGAGGCCUCGGUGCUGGCCUCACGCGUUACCUGGGGCGCCUUGUUUGGGGCAGCGGUAGCCCACGGCUGCGUGGCCCUCAUCACACGCCUGGCGGCUGACCGCUCCAACGUGCCCUCUCUGGAGCUCAUAUUCAUCCGCUCGGUUAUCCAGGUAUUGUCAGUGGUAGUGGUCUUCUAUCGCAAGGAGGCUCCCUUUGGUCCCAAAGGCUACCGUCUACGGCUCUUCCUCUAUGGCGUCUGCAAUGUCAUCUCCAUCACCUGUGCGUACACCUCCUUUGCCAUUGUGCCACCCAGCAAUGGCACCCUCAUGUGGCGUGCCAGCACCACAGUCUUCAGCGCAGUGCUAGCCUUCCUGCUGUUGGAGGAGCGGCUGGGCUACACAGACGUGGUGACGGUGGUGGGUAGUGUCUUCGGCCUGUGCCUGGUCAUGGUUCCCAACAUCGCUGACGAGGAUAAGUCACCGCUGGGAUUCUGGAAGGAGGCCUUUGGCUACACCAUGACGGUGAUGGCGGGCUUGACCGCUGCCCUCUCCAUGAUCGUCUACCGCGCCAUCAAGGACCGGGUGAGCAUGUGGACUGCACUCUUCACCUUUGGGUGGACGGGCACAGUGUGGGGCGCAUCCACCAUGUUCAUCAUGCAGGAGCCCAUUAUCCCUCUGAAUGGGGAGACCUGGGGCUACCUUAUUGGCAUUUGUAUCUGCUCGACCGUGGCGUUCCUGGGGGUCUACUACGCCCUCAACAAGUUCCACCCCGCGCUGGUGAGCACUGUCCAGCACCUGGAGAUUGUGGUGGCCAUGCUGCUGCAGCUCAUCGUGCUGCGCAUGGUUCCAUCCGCCUAUGAUGUGCUGGGCGCUCUGGUAAUCAUGCUGAGCGUGUUCGCCCUCACUGGAGUCAAGCUCUACUGGGUGAGCCGGGCUGUACGACAGGAUUACCAAGAGAUCCUCGACUCUCCAUGAACACUCGGCAUUCCUAGAUGUGUGUGUAUUGGUAUCUGUCUGGAUUUGUGUGUGUGUGUGUGUGUGUGUGCAUAUCUGUGUGCAUUGUUGAUGUACAGUAUGUGUGUGUAUGUACUAGUAUGAAAGUGAGUGUGAAUGUUUGUAUGUAUGUUUGUACGAUGGAUGUGUUUACUUGUUUGCUAAUCAAUGUGCAAUCAAUGAAUGUCUGAAAUAUCAUCUAUUUAUUUUAUAUGGUGUAUAUGGUGUUGAAAGAGUGGCAAUUGUGUAAAGUCUCUGCUAAAUGUUAUUGCGUGACAAAAUAAAAAAUAAAUAU